AUGUCCUUAGACGAUUUUGAGAACUUAUCGCUUCUUGGAGACGGAGCUUACUCUUCAGUCUACAAAGUCAAACGAAUCUCUGAUGGUCAAAUCUACGCCCUGAAGAAGGUCAAGGUUGGGAAUCUAACAGAUAAGGAGAAAGAAAAUGCUCUUAACGAAGUUAGAAUUCUUGCUUCCAUCAAAAACCCAUGCGUUAUAUGCUACAAAGAGUCAUUUAUUGAUCCUGAUAGUCAAUCACUCUGCUUAGUCAUUGAAUAUGCUGAUGACGGUGACCUAUUCCAAAAAUUAUCAUCCGCAACUGACGGUUUCGAAGAAACGUUCAUCUGGAAAGUCUUUAUUCAGGUUGUUAGAGGCCUUAAAGCUCUCCACGAUUUGUCGAUCAUGCAUAGAGACCUUAAAAGUGCUAAUGUAUUCUUGAAUAAAGAUGGAACUGCUAAAUUAGGAGACAUGAACGUGAGCAAACUUACAGACUUGAAAGGGCUGAACUACACUCAGACUGGCACACCUUACUAUGCAAGCCCUGAAGUUUGGAAAGACCGUCCUUACAGCAUCAAAAGCGAUAUAUGGUCUCUCGGGUGAGUUCUGUAUGAAAUGAUCACCUUGAAGCCACCUUUCAGAGCUAGUAAUAUGGAGGGCUUGUACACUAAAGUGUCAAAGGGAUUAUAUCAACCAAUUCCUAAGAAAUACUCAACAGAAUUGUCAAACCUUGUCCGGUCAUUGCUAAAGGCCAACCCUGAUAAAAGACCUGACUGAGAUGAUAUAAUUUCAAUGCCUUCGAUAGUUAAAAAGAUAGGAAUACUCUUUCCCGACAGUGAUAAUAUCUUGGGAAGCAAUGAGCUUCUCAAAACAAUACGAUUUCCUAAGAACUUCAUGUAUUUAACGAACCAACUUCCGAAGCCCUCUUAUGAUGAAGAAGUUGAUGAAGAUUUCUCGGAAAAUAUAAAAUGAUCAACGCUUCCUUCCAAAGUUAAAGUAAAACGAAGCACUGAGUCUCUUAUUAACCAGAGGUCAUCUUCACGAUCAAAAGUGCACACUUCGAGUAAGAAUUCAAUCUUUAGUGAAAGACGAGGAAGCCCUAGCACUGCGAGCAAGCAAUCACGAAACGUUUCAAAAGCUAAAAGUAUCAUGCGAAAUAACUUAUCAAAAUAAGGAGAAAAUUCCUCACAAACGGUACAAAGAUAUUGUUAAGAGCAAUCAUAAAGCUCUUAGAAACAAGAAGGAAGGCAUAUUCAGCAAGGACAUGUCAAUGAACAUAAAUUCACAUAAAAUAGUACCUCAGAAUAUUUCAUCCAGCCGAACUCCCCAAGGAGGGGUGAUUGGGCUCAAAAAGCGCACCAGAGAUCCACUCUCUACUUCCAGCAAGAAGUCUCAAGUAGUGAAAAAUAUGAAAAAGGGUCCUGCUUUUCACAGAAGUAGGCCUCCUCUCUACGAAAGAGAUACUCCAGACAUGAACAUUUCUUCCCUUCCAGUCAUUGUCAACUCUUUAAGCCCACCAAACAACAGGAUGGGAGACUCAAAUGAUUCCCAAGAUAUCUUCAAAAAGUACGAAAUCAAGGGUAAAAUAAUGAAACCUCCCCAAAAACUAACCCAUUUACGCUAUGGGUCAAAGAGAUCACCUAAAAACAGCCCAAAGGACUCUUCUAACCCUCAAUUAGCCAACUUGGGACACAAAUAAACGCAGUUACCAAAUCAACUCCCAUUCCCAAAACCCGAAUCUCCUAAACCAUCAAGAACCCCACCAUUCCCCACUCAAAAAUCCCAAAAACAGCAGAAAACACAACAUUUCCAAAAUUUCCCUGCCGUCCUUAUCUGGAGCCAAGAACCCGACCAGCCGCAGCAGGAAGGGCCCAGCCAGUCACAUACAUAAACUUCUGAAGAAGUACUAGACUCCGAGCCUCUCGUUCUAUUUAUAGCCACACUCAAAAGAGCAAAAAGGU